AAUUACUCGGUGAAAAUCGGCCGAACUCGACUCCGAUUUCCACCCCCUACUCAAACCCUUGGAGAAAAGCAAAUACUAAACAGUGAGUCUCAGGUGAUAUUGUUUAUUUUUUGUGACUGUGUCGUGGCACUACGCGUAGCGGGUGGACACUACAAAUUAUGGAAGUGACUGUGAUUGUUGUGAUGUUACUUUCCGUAGUUUUGGCGACCAAUGCCGGGGAUGUAACUGCGAGGAGCAAAAACAGAGGGAAGGGAUCGAUGUGGUGGGGCAUUGCGAAAGCUGGGGAACCCAACAAUAUAUCGCCUAUGUCUCCUGGUGUUCUGUACAUGGACAACUCUGUCCAUAGCACGCUUCGACGAAAGCAGAAGAGGCUUGCUCGAGAGAAUCCUGGACUUCUAGCCGCCAUUGCUAAAGGUGCAAAUAUGGCAAUACACGAGUGUCAGUACCAGUUCAAAAACUACAGGUGGAACUGCUCUACUAGAAACUUCUUGAGGGGGAAGAAUCUGUUUGGAAAGAUUGUUGAAAAAGGUUGUCGAGAGACAGCUUUUAUAUACGCCAUCACCUCAGCUGCAGUAACCCACGCGAUAGCAAGGGCUUGUAGCGAAGGGUCAAUCGACACUUGCAACUGCGAGACGCACUACAAGGGCAGGCCGCAAGUUUUUGCCAACGGAAACACAGCGGCGGCAGUUUCCAACGUUCGGGACUUCGAAUGGGGCGGUUGUUCAGACAACAUUGGCUUCGGUUUCGAUGUGAGCAGGGAGUUCGUGGAUACGGGAGAGAGAGGAAAGAACCUCAGGGAGAAGAUUAAUCUGCAUAACAACGAAGCUGGGAGAUGGCAUGUUCAGUCUCAGAUGAGGAAAGAAUGCAAGUGCCACGGCAUGUCAGGAUCUUGCACAGUCAAAACCUGCUGGAUGCGGCUUCCAUCUUUCAGAGUUGUAGGUGACCUACUGAAAGACAGAUAUGACGGAGCCUCACACAUAACUGGAGCUAACGGAGGCCAUGGUAGAAGCAACAACAAACCCCACAGCAACAGACUUCCCAAGCAUCCGAAAAUGAACUCGAUAAUGUCCAAUAGUAUUCACUCCAAAAGAGAAAACAAGAGGAAGCAAUAUAAGUAUGGUUUCCAACUCAAGCCAUUCAAUCCCGAGCAUAAGCCACCGAGUGUUAACGAUUUGGUAUACAACGAGAUGUCUCCAGGAUUUUGCGAGAGAAAUCCAGAGUUGGGGAUCCAGGGCACUCAUGGAAGACAUUGCAACGAUACUUCUAUGGGGAUGGAUGGUUGUGAUUUAUUGUGUUGUGGUAGGGGUUACCGCCCCCAGGAGAUAACUGUGGUGGAGAGGUGUAACUGUACUUUCCAUUGGUGCUGUGAGGUGAAAUGUGACGUGUGUAGAACGAAAAAAAUUAUUAAUACUUGUGUUUGAAUUGUGAGAAUAUCCUUGAGCCAGAUAACUUUACAUUGCAACAAAAUAUUGAUCAUAGAGCAUUUUGACACUUUUAUAGCCUUCAAGAAGGCCAUCAGAUAAGUGCAAGCAUACUUUGUCGCGAGAAAAGCAAAUGUCUGAGUUUUCUUUACUGUUAUAACUAAUUUUUUUUUUGCUUCCUAGAGGUGAUGAUAACCUAACUGUUAUUAUUUCAAGGUAGACAUGUAUGGAUAACCUAAAAAUAUGUGAUGGAAUUGGUCGCUACUUGAAACCUGAGAUAUUUACUUGAAGGAUAAAGAACACUAACAAACUCAUUUUAACCAUAACCAGAAUUUUCCUUGAACUCUGGCUGAAGGAUAAUUAUAUACUCAUUUAUAGUAUAUGUCGUACUCAAUUUUCUGUGUGAAAUAGUGCCAAAAGUAUUACUAAUGAAUUUUCAAUCAGUAUUAUAGAUAUUAUGUGAAAAACUGUUGUAAAGACUGAUUUUAAAUUCGGAAUAUGUAGUUACUAAAUUUUUGUAAAUAUCUAGUGAAUAUGUGCUCUCUUCCAUUUUUGAGGAAACUCAGCUAAUCAGUGAUAAAUAAUACAGAAUUAUAUUCUCAUUAAGUCACCGUCUGAAAAAAGCAACUUUCGAUAGGAACAUUUUUUUUGAAAAAUCAUUUAUAUACCCUAAUUGUGUUGUUGUUCACUUUCAUGAUUCAUAACUCCUCUGUGACGGUUUGUCGAAUUUAUUUAUUCAGUUUGUAUAUAAAAAUCAGCGUAGUAUCUCAACAUGUAAUAUAUAUCUUAUUUAUUAUAGUAUUUAAUAUCGAUUUAUUAAUUUAUUGCCGAAUUGUAUAUUAUUACCAUUGUAAAUAGAUGAAAAUUCUGUAUAUACAA